AUGAGUUCAGAAAAUUGUGUAGAAAGGAAGCACUUUGUUCUGGUGCAUGGGGCAUGCCAUGGAGCUUGGUGCUGGUACAAGCUGAAGCCAGGGUUGGAAUGUGCAGGCCAUAAGGUGACAGUGCUGGACCUUUCAGCUUGUGGCAUCAACUUGAAGAAAAUUGAAGAUGUUGAUACUUUCUUAGAGUACACAGAGCCUUUGUUGCAGCUCUUGGGGACAAUUCCCCAUAAUGAGAAGGUAGUUUUAGUUGGUCACAGUCAUGGGGGCAUCAACAUAGCCCUUGCCAUGGAGAAAUUUCCAGAAAAGAUAGCAGUUGGCAUUUUCUUAACAGCUUUCGCUCCUGACAUUCAACACCACCCUUCUUAUGUCUUGGAUAAGUUCCAGGAGAUUACUCCAUCUGCAGACUGGUUGGACACUAAAUUUACCCCAACUGGAAACAAAACAUUAAUGUUGUUUGGUCCCAAGUUCUUGUCCAACAAGCUCUACCAGCUCUCCUCCGUUGAGGACCUUGAAUUGGUGAAGACUUUAGCAAGGCCAACCUCACUCUUCACUGAAGACUUGUCACAACAAAAGAACUUCUCGAAAGAGGGAUAUGGGUCUGUUCCACGUGUCUUUAUUGUUUGCACCGAGGACCAUGCAAUUCCAUUGGAUUACCAGCUCUGGAUGAUUCAAAAUGCUGGGUUCAAUGACGUUCUAGAGAUUAAAGGCGCAGAUCAUAUGGCUAUGAUUUCCAAACCACAAGAAGUGUCCGAUUCUCUCCACCAGAUAGCGACGAAGAGAAACCCUAUUUCACAGUACAAUGAGAGGACCCCCUUGUCUGCAUGGAUGGAGACUAAAUUUGAACCAAGUGGAAACAAAACAUCGAUGUUGUUUGGUCCCGAGAUUUUGUCCAACAAGCUCUACCAACGCUCCCCUGUUGAGGACCUUGAAUUGGAUAAGAGUUUAGACCUUGCAAUUCCUUUGGAAUAUCAACACUGGAUGAUCCAAAAUGCUGCCUUCAAUGACGUUCUCGGUAUCAAUGGCGCAGAUCACAUGGCUAUGAAUAGCAAGCCUCGAGAACUAUUCGAUUCACUUCAGAAGAUAGCAACUAAAUAUGCAUAA